GUGCAGGUCAAAGCAAAUGCUGUUAGAGCUCUGGGGAAUCUUGCACGAUUUGUUCAAUUUACAAACCAACUAACUGCGCGUAGAGAGCCCAUUGAUUGCAUGGCCUCGACGCUAAUAGAUGAUGGCCAAAAUUUGUCGAAGGAUGAUCUGAACGAAAGGUCAGAUUCUUUCCGGUCAGCAUCUUCAGGGAAUUUCCAUUGGCUUGGAAAGAUGGUGCAGGCAUUUCUUUCUUGUGUGACAACUGGAAAUGUUAAGGUUCAGUGGAACGUCUGUCACGCAUUGAGCAAUUUAUUUUCCAAUAAGACUUUGAAACUGCAAGACAUGAAUUGGGCUCCUUCUGUUUUUAGUAUCCUCUUGCUGCUGCUUCGUGAUUCUUCUAAUUUCAAAAUCAGGAUACAAGCUGCUGCUGCUCUGGCUGUUCCAGAAAGUAUAAAUGGUGAAUGACU